GGGGAGGAGGCUGUCGGCCUGGGCGUCACGUGGACCCCUCUCCCUCGCCCUCCACCUCCUCCUCCUCCGCCUCCCAUCCCUUUGUUGUAGCCCCAGCCGGAGCAGCAGCAUCAGCAUCGGGAAGGAGAAGCAGGCGCGCACAAAGGGAGCCAGCUAGCCAAGCAGCGAGGGAUGCGGCCAGGCCGGUGAUCGCCCUUCCCUUCCCCUCCCCGUUUCCCGGGCAGCCCCCGCCAUGGCGGCCUCGCCUGGAUCUGGCCACGGUUGCAACGGAGGCGGCGGCGGCGGGGCGGUGAUGCUGGCGCUGGCGGUGGCCGUGGUCGCCUUGUCCCCGGCGCGGGGCUCCAACCCGCUCUCCCCGGCGGCGCCUGCAUCCGAGUGCAGAGGCAAGGCGGGCGGCAACUGCUCAGAAUUAAAUGUAAAGGAAUCUGAUGUGAGAGUAUGUGAUGAAUCAUCAUGUAAAUACGGGGGUGUUUGCAAGGAAGAAGGUGAUAGUGUGAAAUGUGCAUGCCAAUUUCAGUGUCACACAAAUUAUAUUCCUGUCUGUGGUUCAAAUGGAGACACAUACCAAAAUGAAUGCUUCCUCAGGAGAGCAGCUUGCAAGCAUCAGAAAGAGAUAACCGUGGUUGCCAGAGGGCCUUGUUACUCAGAUAAUGGCUCUGGAUCAGGAGAAGGGGAAUAUGAAGGCUCUGGGACUGAAGUUCAUAGAAAACAUUCCAAAUGUGGAGUUUGCAAGUAUAGGGCAGAAUGUGAUGAAGAUGCAGAAAAUGUUGGGUGUGUAUGCAACAUAGACUGUAGUGGCUACAGCUUCAACCCUGUUUGUGCAUCUGAUGGAAGUUCCUAUAACAACCCGUGUUUUGUUCGAGAAGCCUCUUGCCUGAGACAAGAACAAAUUGACAUCAGGCACCUUGGACAUUGCUCAGAUUCAGAUGACACCAGCUUAUUGGGAAAGAAGGAUGAUGGGAUGCAGUAUCGACCGGAUGUCAAAGAUGCAAGUGAUCAAAGAGAAGACAUCUAUAUUGGAAACCACAUUCCUUGCUCGGAAAGUUUAAGUACCUAUUGCAUCCAUGGGAAGUGUGAAUUCAUAUAUUCUACACAAAAAGCUUCUUGCCGGUGUGAAUCUGGAUACACAGGACAGCAGUGUGAAAAGACAGACUUUAGUAUACUUUAUGUGGUACCAAGUAGACAAAAACUCACACAUGUCCUCAUUGCAGCAAUUAUUGGAGCUGUCCAGAUAGCCAUUAUUGUUGCAAUUGUUAUGUGCAUAACACGGAAAUGCCCCAAAAACAACAGAGGACGGCGACAGAAGCAAAAUCUAGGCCAUUUUACUUCAGACACGUCAUCCAGAAUGGUUUAGCUUGAUUUUUAUACCUACAUUGACCAUGUGAUGUACAAUUUUAUUACCUUUUUUUAAGAGAAUGGGAAUAUUUAUUUCAGAGGCCUUAUUUUUGGACAUUUUUUUUAGCGUAGCUCUGUUUUGAUUUAUUCUAAAAGCAGCAGACAGCUAUGGACUGUUUCUCGUUUCAUGAUUUUGAAGAAUCCCGUAGUUGAUUUCCUGUACUUGUAUCACAUGGUUAUAAUAGACUUGUGCUUUACUCAUGGAAUGUAACGUUUUUUGAGAACAGAGACAAUUCACCAACGGUUGUAGAACAAGCAAAAGGAAGCCUUUCAUGUUUCCUCACAAACAAGGCACGACCUAAGGCUAAAGAUGUUUACAGCAUACUUUUCUUACAAAGAACUAGAAGACACUGUGUUUAAAUACCGUAGUUAUUUAAAUGUUUUUGAAAGUUAGUAACUGAUUUUUUUAGACACUGCCAAUCGCAUGAAUUGUGAAGAUGUGUACUUGUGUGUAGUUGUAAACAUAUUUAUAAUGGAUUGAACCCAGGCAAGUUAGUUGCACUUAUUUUUCAUUGAAAUCAGUGGAGAGAGGUAAUUCUAGCUGAAAUCCCACAGAUUUCAUUGGGAACUAAGUGCAGCGAUUUACAGCCCAAUCCUACACAUGUCUACUCAGAGGUAUUCUCCAUUGAGUUCCUUGGGGAUUUCUUCUAGGUGAACAUACAAAAGGAUUGCAGCUUUGUCUGGAUCCAACCUGAUAUGUAUGGACUGGGUUGAAGCACCUCUGUCUUCAUAAAUAUUUGACACUUUAUUUUUAAAUUGUAAAAUAGUAAUAAUAAUAUACAUUUCAUAAUUUUAAUGAUCGCCCAGUAGAGCAGUGGAUCUUUGUUGUGGGAAAACAGGUCUUGGGAGGUUUAUGUAUUUGGUUUUUAUUUUUUUUAAAGUUACGUUAAUAAUCAAAUUCACAUGAAUGGGAUUAAGCCUGUGUUGGUCACUAUUUAAACAGCUUUCAUACUUAUUACAGUUUUCUAAGAGGAUACCUGUUUCCACAUCAACAAAUGCAAUUGUAUAGUCUUUGUGAUUAAAAUGCAAAAAGAAGAAAAAAAUUAAAUACCAUAAAAGACUUGUGCUCUUGUCUAGAAUAUUUUCAAGAGCUAAGAAUGUGUCUCAUCCAAAUAAAAGUCUGCUGGUUGUAGUGAUUAAUAUUAAUAGGAUGUUAGUAGUUGUUUGGAUGAUCCAGAGCUAAAAAUGUAACCAGGGUGUGUUCCAGCUGUUCAACAUGUAGUUUUAGGCUUUCCAAUUCUGCAUGUAGGAUUUAAUAAUUUGUUCAAUAAAAAGACUUUCAAUAUUUGAAUUGAAAA